AUGCCCUGCAAGAGGAAGACAAAGCUAUGGGAGCCGCACUUCGAUAGCUCUGUGAUGAAGACAACCACACAAAUCAUGUUGGAGGAGGGCGCUCGGCCAGAGCGCAUGCUCUGUACCACCGAUCACAAAUUGGUCAACUUUCAGUCAUUCAACAUGGAUGAUCCACGCUAUGGUCCAGUGGAAAAAGAGGAAGAGCUAAUACAGCCCUUGAAAUCUGGUUACAUGCGUGAGUUCCCCCAGCCCUAUCCAUCACGCUGCAAGCCUCUGAAGCCCAAAGGAGAAUCACCUGACUUUAUGUUAAAUCGCUUGCCCAAGAACGACUUUGAUCCGAUCACGGGCACCUAUUACAAGUUUCUUGAUGAUCACAUGCACAACAUACCCGAGGUGCGUAAGAAGGUCAACUUUUUCAGGCAGUUGAGAAAUCAAUCAUUUUUGCUUUAUUAAGACCAGCAAAAUUAUUCAUUUUGUUAUGCCCUGGAAAUGGGCACGAAAUAAAAGCUGAAAUUGUUAUUUC